CCCUUUGGGGUUAGUGUGCCUGUGUUUAGCUCUGGGGAGAGUCAAACUGGAUUCCACAGGGAGAGCCUGCAAAUCACUUCUAUUUUAGCAAGGAGAAAACAGAAUCUCCAUCCAGCAGGGUCCACCCCUCUCUUUCUCCCUCUCCUCUCUCUUUCUAUCUCUUUCCCUCCCCCCUUCCUCUUUCCCUCUCUCUCCCCUUCCCCCCACCCUCUCCGGUGUAUCUGUCUACAGCAACCAGCGUCCUCAUCUACAAGCACGGAAAGGAAAGAAACAUCUUUGGUUGAGAGAGGAGGAAAAAAAGAGAGAGAGAGAGAGAGAGGAAAAAAAAACUUGCCUGAUUGUGGAAAAUGACACUUCAAGUAGCCAAGCCGGCUUCGAGAGUCGUAUCUAUUGUUUCUUAAAUUGUCAUCAGGGUGGUUUUUUUUUCUUCCUGCUUCUUCAAGUGAAGGUACCUCUACAAAAGGAAACUCCAGCCCCUCCUGUUCUCCAACGGCCUGUGAUUACUACUACAAAAAAAAAAAAAAAAAAAAAAAAAAAAAAAAAAAAAAAAAAAAAAAAAAAAAAAAAAAAAAAAAAAAAGCACCCAAACUCAAAAUCAACCAACCAAACAACCCCCAACAGCCAAGCAUACAUCUCUAUUUUUUCUUAAUUUUGGUCUUUUCGUUGGAUUUUCCCUUUCUUUUUUUUCCUCGCCCCCCCUUGUUAUCGCUCAGUUUUGAGCGAAGGUUUACAUUUUUAAAAAUUUUGCUUUUCAGCCCGCCGCCUUGAUGUAGCGCGAGUUUCAUCGACUCGAAAAAAAAAUCUGUGGUUGGCGUUUUUCUUCUUUUCUUUCUUUUUUUUUUUUUUUUCAAUAUUUUCAAAGGGGAGGAGAUUUUCCACAAGAAAAGGUUGUUUUCAUGUUUGGGAUCCAGGAAAGCAUCCAACGGAGUGGAAGCAGUAUGAAGGAAGAGCCGCUGGGCAGCGGCAUGAACGCGGUGCGGACGUGGAUGCAGGGCGCCGGGGUGCUGGACGCCAACACAGCGGCGCAGAGCGGGGUGGGUCUGGCCCGGGCUCACUUUGAGAAGCAGCCGCCUUCUAAUCUGCGGAAAUCCAACUUCUUCCACUUCGUCCUGGCCCUCUACGACAGACAGGGUCAGCCCGUGGAGAUUGAGAGGACUGCCUUUGUGGGGUUCGUGGAGAAGGAAAAAGAAGCCAACAGCGAAAAGACCAAUAAUGGAAUCCACUACCGGCUCCAGCUCCUCUACAGCAAUGGGAUAAGGACUGAACAAGACUUCUAUGUGCGCCUCAUCGACUCCAUGACCAAGCAGGCCAUAGUGUACGAAGGCCAGGACAAGAACCCUGAAAUGUGCCGCGUGUUGCUCACACAUGAGAUCAUGUGCAGCCGCUGUUGUGACAAGAAAAGCUGUGGCAACCGAAAUGAGACUCCCUCAGAUCCAGUGAUAAUUGACAGAUUCUUCCUGAAGUUUUUCCUUAAAUGCAACCAAAAUUGCCUAAAGAAUGCAGGAAACCCACGUGACAUGCGGAGAUUCCAGGUCGUGGUGUCUACCACAGUCAACGUGGAUGGCCAUGUCCUGGCAGUCUCCGAUAACAUGUUUGUCCACAAUAAUUCCAAGCAUGGGCGGAGGGCUAGGAGGCUUGACCCCUCGGAAGGUACGCCCUCUUAUCUGGAACAUGCAGCUACUCCCUGUAUCAAAGCCAUCAGCCCGAGUGAAGGAUGGACAACGGGAGGCGCGACUGUGAUCAUCAUAGGGGACAAUUUCUUUGAUGGGUUACAGGUCAUAUUCGGUACCAUGCUGGUCUGGAGUGAGUUGAUAACUCCCCAUGCCAUCCGUGUGCAGACACCUCCUCGGCACAUCCCCGGUGUUGUGGAAGUCACAUUGUCCUACAAGUCCAAGCAAUUCUGCAAAGGGACUCCAGGCAGAUUCAUCUACACAGCGCUCAAUGAACCCACCAUCGACUACGGUUUCCAGAGGUUACAGAAGGUCAUUCCCCGGCAUCCUGGUGACCCGGAGCGCUUGCCAAAGGAAGUGAUCCUUAAAAGGGCUGCAGAUCUUGUUGAAGCCCUGUAUGGGAUGCCCCACAACAACCAGGAGAUUAUCUUGAAGAGAGCUGCCGACAUUGCAGAGGCUCUGUACAGUGUCCCUCGCAACCACAACCAGCUCCCAGCCCUUGCUAAUACUUCGGUCCAUGCAGGGAUGAUGGGGGUGAACUCCUUCAGUGGACAACUGGCUGUGAAUGUCUCUGAGGCAUCACAAGCCACCAAUCAAGGUUUCACCCGCAACUCAAGCAGCGUGUCACCACACGGGUAUGUGCCGAGCACCACCCCCCAGCAGACCAACUAUAACUCUGUCACCACGAGCAUGAAUGGUUACGGCUCUGCUGCCAUGUCCAAUUUGGGUGGCUCCCCAACCUUCCUCAAUGGCUCAGCUGCCAACUCACCCUAUGCCAUUGUGCCAUCCAGCCCCACCAUGGCCUCCUCUACAAGCCUCCCCUCCAACUGCAGCAGCUCCUCGGGCAUCUUCUCCUUCUCACCAGCCAACAUGGUCUCCGCCGUGAAACAGAAGAGUGCAUUUGCACCUGUCGUCAGACCCCAGACCUCCCCGCCUCCCACCUGCACCAGCACCAACGGGAACAGCCUGCAAGCGAUAUCUGGCAUGAUUGUUCCUCCCAUGUGAAAGAAUUGCCUUGAAGAAUUUUAUUAAUGAAGAGGUUGGAUUCUGCUACGAAAGUAAUCUGAUAUGAGUCCCAGAGCGGAACUUUAAACUCAGGCCUUUUUAAGAGGAAUCACACAAUAACUGCGGAUUUUUAAACAAAAUCACCGACCUUGCAAAUACUGAAAUUGGAAAGGGGGUCUGCCAGAGCAGGGUGUUGGUUAAACUUGUACCCCCAAGUAUCCGGGGGAUAUAUUUAUUCUGUAUUGAUAAAAGCAAACCCACAGUUUCUUUUUUUUUUUUUUUUAAAGCUUAACUCUGCAAUCAUUUGUCUUUUAUAAAUCAUAAAGCUACACACAAGGGCCACUAUAAAUAAGACUCCAUGUUUUAAUUUAUGAUGUUUUUAAAGCUGUGUAAGGGGAGAAUGAAGUGGUGAUAUUUACAAAAAAGCUAAAAGAUAAAAAAAAAAAGAAAACAGAGAAAAAAGUUAAAAAGAAAAAAAAAAAAGCUUGUAUGGGACAGAAUAGGAAUGCCAGUUAGAUUUUUUAGAGAACUAAGGGUCGGCUUUUGCGCCUUAAAGCAUAUCAAUGGUAGAUAGCUCAGACAGUGCAUUUUCAGUAUCUAACUUCACAUGCCAUCCCUUAGCAGUUCUGCAAGCUUCUUUCUCUCUUUUGUAUGGUUGUCUUAAGUAACUGUGUAAAUAACUGCAGCCUGGAAGUUACCAAGCGACAUCCAUGAUCACAUUUUCCCUUGUACUCAGAAAAUCCAGUGCCUCUAGACAGAUUGUUUAAAAAAAUAAAAAAAGAAAGAAAGAAAAAAAAAGCAAAGCAAAACAAAACAAAACAAUCCCUGCAUCUUUUAACCCAAUCUCAUUCUUUUACUUAUGUCAACUUCUUCCGAAGCCAGUGGCCUCUGAGAGUGGAGAGUGGAGGGGGCAUGCACUGAGUGCGAAACUCCUUCAAGACUUCAUGGAACAGGGUCCAGGCACAGAAUUAAUUCCACAUAUGCCCUGCAGGUUACCCAGCUGAGAUCUUACCACCAUCAAGAGAUGAGAUCGCUUACUCCUGCUAGAAUCCUAAAUGCUAACUCUAUAUCCAGGCUCGAAAAUAAAUAAAUAAAUAAAUAAAUAAAUAAAUAAAUAAAUAAAUAAACAAACACAAAACAAAAAAACAAAAACCGCAGACAAAGCCAAGUGACAAAGCAGGCGAGUAGGCAGGCUGUUCGGGUUCCUGAAUCACACAGGGGCCUGUACCAGCAAGACCCUGGUGUGGUUGUUAAAGUUAUACAUUCAACCAACAGGUAAAAAGAGCUUUGGGGUUCAGAGUGAAAGGAAAUUGGGGGAGAGGAAAAGAAGGGGGAGGCCUUGAACUCAGCUUUCUGUGGGAAUUUUUGCUUUCAACUGGGAAGUGUUCUUAAAAGAAAGAAUCCAUAGCAAAGAUCCAGCCAGGGAGGCUCUGAGGGGACAUGGGCCUGGCUGGCUUCUUUGCCCUUCUGUUUCUGUAUGUAGUUAUAAAUACUGUAGAUUUUUUUGUGAUUUUUUUUUUGCCAAAGUUGUUGUUUUAUUUAUACAUUUUAAUGUCUGAAGAUGGUUUUCAAGCUCACAAAAAAUGAUUUUACUGCGUAUUUUGCAAAGAAAUAAAAAGCGCACUACCUUUAGCUCGCACAUACUUGCAAAGUUAACUCAAAGGCUUUGUGUUUGUUUGUUUUCAUGGGGAUUUUGUAAAAUAUCCAUAUAAAUAAUGUAUUUAUCUUUGGAAUUUGUACAUUGCUUUUCUCUCCUCCCACCCCCUAGCCCCAGUUUAUUUUUUUUUGUGUGUGUGUGUUUGCUUUGUGAACAGUGCGUAUAGUUUGGUCACCUAUGGUUGUAUUGGCUGUUUCAAUGUGAUUUCUAAACAAUUCAUUUAUAGGCAUUUUUAGUAUUGUUUCAAACCAUGCUUCAAUUUUUUUUUUAUUUCCACCCAAAAGCCAUUGUCUAUUUUUGUAUUAUUUGUAAGUUAAGAAGUUUUUUCCAAUAUAUGGCAAAAAAAAUAGUAGCGUAUUAUUCUUGUAGUAUUUAGUUCUGUAGAUUUAAAAAUAAUGUAUCCUUUGCUUUGGAAGCAUACAAAAAUGCUGUUUUACUCUAUUAAUAUGCAUGGACUCUCUCCCUUUGGAGUGACGCAUUUUGUGCAUUAAAUUUGGGGGAGAAACUUCA